AUGCCUCGUUUCCGCACUUACGAGGAGUUCUUCUACCCACCUCUGACAGAAGAUGUGGAGAAACUCCUGGCUUGUUUCCAGCAGGCGGGAUCAGUGAGAUAUCAGGUGUUUUCAGCCAUUUGGAGGGAGAUGGGCUUCUCAGAUAUCUUCAGAGGUAUCUGCGGUACGGGUGAGAUGAAGAGAUUCUGCAGAGUAACAUUAGCCACAGCCAUGAAGUACUUCCUGCCUCCAUACAGCUACCAGAUUCGAGUUGGAGGCUUGUAUUUGAUGUUUGGUUUUUACCACACACAACUUGCCAUGACGCCUGUGAAGAUCAGACUCGCCUUGAAGGACUGGGAUCAAGUUCAGACGUUUGUAAAAGACUCUGUGGACGCUGGGCAUCAUGAUGUGGUUUAUAUAUACAAGAAGCUUGUUGCAACCAAAGCCAUACACUACACCGCCAUGCCACAUUUUCUCACCUUCCAAAAGCAGAGGAAACCAAAGAGGGAACCUCUGUGUGCAGAGUUUCUGAUGAAGAGCACGGCAGUGCAGGAGCUCAUCUCUGCAGACCUCCUGGAGGAACUGACCCACAUCCAGAGAUACUAUGAUCAGCUGAAGGAGACCACUGUGGAGGUCAGCUCCCAGGUCAACAUAGUCCAUCGAGACUUUGCCUCCCGCCUCAAAGACUGCGUGUCAGAGUUCACCGCUUGGCAGCAGAAGUCUUUAUCGCUGGUUAGUAAAGACAAGACCUCUGGAGCUGAUGAGGAGAGGCCAGCUGAAGACGAAUCUAGCAGCAACAGGGCCAGGCUCCUGUCCUCCAUCAAGCACAAGAGCUACAGCAGCUUCCAAGACGUGCCCAAGUCCCGGAGGCACCGCCAGGCCGAGACAGUGGACUUCUCAGGCUCAGAGGCUGAGCAGGUUCCACCAACUGUACUUCAGAGAAGGAAGCAUAUAUCGCUGAGGGCCCGGACCUGGAGGAGUCUCGGGGUGGUGCAGGAGAGGAGCAGGCACCAAGACUGGCUCCUGAGUACUCCUGACACAGAGGACAAGGUACCUGUGAAAAGGACCAGCCAUGUAGUUCCCUACAAACUGUGA